UUUGGGCCCUUUCCGUUCUCUGGUAUCGCUGUGUUUGAGGUGCUCGGUCCUUCUCACGAAGCUAAGGCCUUUGAAUCCGGCGACUAGCACCGUCAAAUUUAGCCAUCCACGUCUAAAACAUUAACUUCCUUAAAGAACAAUGGCAUCUGUGUCCGAGCUGGCCUGUAUUUACUCCGCGCUCAUCCUCCAUGACGAUGAAGUUACGGUCACGGAUGACAAGCUGAACGCUCUGAUCAAAGCCGCCGGUGUGACCAUCGAGCCCUUCUGGCCCGGUCUCUUCGCUAAGGCUCUGGCCAGCGUGGACAUCGGCAGUCUGAUCUGUAACGUUGGAGCCGGUGGAGGAGCCGCUCCGGCCGCCGCUGCUGCUGCUGCUGCUCCUGCAGGUGGAGACGCUCCAGCCAAACAGGAAGACAUAAUGUGUUUGUGUGAAGUAAGUCUUCAUCCCGGUGAGGGUCAGAAUGGCUUUGUUAAUAGGAAUUUAAUUCAAACCAAAGUGCUAUUUAUCAGGUUUGUGUUGUGCAAAUGACAAAUGAAUAUAAGACGUUUCGAAGGAAGUUGGCUUCAUUCGACUGGCCACAGAAAACUAAAUAAGUUUAAUACAGUAAAUAUAAAAUAUGUCUAGUUAACUUAAUUUUACUGAGAGUAAUUGACAUAAAAUAAGUCCAAAUGCAUUAAAAUAAGAGUUAUUAAACAAUAAUGGAGUGCAAUUCAUCAACUAAAGUUCAAAAUAUAUAUAUGAUUGGGUAAGAUUGUUUUAGAAAGACGCUGCUCACUAAAGCUGCAUUUAUUUGAUCCAAAAAAUAUAAUUAAAAUUGUGAAAUAUUAUUGCAAUUUAAAAUUACUGUUUUCUAUGUGAAUAUAUUUUAAAAUGUAUUUUAUUCCUGUGAUGCGCCUCUGUAUUUUCAUCAUCAUUACACCAGUCUUCUGUCACAUGAUCUUCAGAAAUCAUUCUGAUAUGUUAUCAUUGCUGAUUUGCUGCUCAAGAAACAUUUCUGAUUAUCCUCAAUGAUGAAAACAGUUGUGCUGAAUUCUAUUUUUUUGUAAACCCUCAUACAUUUUGUUUGUCAGGAUUCUUUGAUGAAAAAUAGAAACCUUCUGUAAUAUUAUAAAUGUAUUUACUGUCACUUCUGAUCAAUUGAAUGCAUCCUUGCUGAAAAUGUUAUGUAUUGUGUUACGACGUUAUGUAAUGUGUUAGUUGCUUUCCAAAUGUAUAUUUUACAAUCAAACACUAUGUUUUAGCUCCUUAUUUGGAAUGUUUUUAGGUCAUCAAAAGUGCACACACAAAAAAAAGCUUUGUGAAAGAUCAACUAGAAUAAAAUUGUGUACUUCCUUCA